AUGAAUUUUAUUGAUCACAACUGUUCAGAGGAUUUGAGUAAUACUUCCAAUCAAUUUGCCAACAAUGCACACCGAGUUCGACAAAAAUUCUGGUGGCAAAAUGUGCAGAUGUGGAUUCUCAUUGGUGUAAUCGUUAUUAUUCUUAUUGUUAUCAUCGUUGAAACAACUAUGACAGCGACAUUUAACAAUCCAAAUUAUCAACCGACUAGCGUUCGUUAUACUCCGUCGACACAUAUUCAACAAUUGCAGGACCAAACAGACGAAAUUGUAAGUAUACAGAAGAAAACUUUAUCAGGAUUACUCGAUCGUGGAACAAAACUUGAUGAUUUAGAGUAUAAAGCAGAUGAAAUGGCCCGAGCUUCAGAUAUGUUCACUAUCACCACAGGAAAACUCAAAAAACGGUAUCAAAUCAAGAACUUUAAGAUGACUAUUAUUCUAGCUGUUAUUGUCAUCGUCAUAAUAACAGCUAUUAUAGUUACUGUUGUACUAUCAGUCAAAUCCAAAGCUUAG